UCUCUCACACACACACACACACACACACACACACACACACACACACACACACACACACACACACACACACACACACACACACACACACACACACACACACACACACACACACACACACACACACACACACACACACACAGAAAAUAAAGUGUGUUGAUGCAAUAGUUGUUUGAGCUGAUAAAGCAUUGUUUGACAUGUCCACAUAUGUGCUCAUCAUGAAAUAAUCAACGGAAUUAUCCCACAAGAUUGCAGCAUAAAUAUUUUGGUAAUGUGCGUAUUUAUGUGUACAAUUCAACUUUUUAUGUAAUUAGAAUGAUAUUUAUUCUGUUCCUAUGCAGGGUGUAAUUAGAAUGAUAUUUAUUCUGUUCCUAUGCAGGGUGAAACUGAAAGGAUUUGGUGGAGAGCAGAACAGAAAGGCUUGGCCGCAUAGAGGGAGGCGCCUUUCGUGCUCUCCUGAAACCAAAGCCUUUGAAGAUUUUUUUUUCUAAACUUCAAGCAAAGAGGACAUAACCUGAAAAGUUGGACGCAUGAGAAUUAAGUACCUUUAAAGGACAUCGUUGUGUGAAUUUUCACCGCCAAGCCAUGCUCCACAGCCGACCAGGAGCUUGCUGGGGAAAAGUGUCUGACCUCACUGGCGCGCAUGCAGCAGAUUGGACUAAAACGCAUUGGAUAGCAGGUGGGCCAAGGUGGAGGACGAGGAGGAGGGACAGACCAGGGGUGACCACCAGACCAUCAGCAGGUGCACCUUACCACCUGAGGAAUGUGAAGGUGCUGCUGUGGGUGGUUGUCUCUCUGCUGCCCCUGGUGGAGGGGGCCCGUAUGGGUGCUGGUUUGGAAGCAGACUCUGUCCAGGCUGUGGGACUGGUGGGAGGGAUGGGGGAAAGGCAGCUCCCAGACACUCUACCUGAGGUGGAUGAGGAACAAGAGGAGAAGAGUGACCCGUACUCCCCCUGGCAUGGCCUCUAUGACCUCUCUGUGAUGGACGACGCGGACGACCACCCCAGUGGCCGGUGGGGGAGACGUUCCCCUCGCAACUCAGACGCCGAACCGCAAGGCUCGGCCAAGAAAAAGAAGAGGAGGAAGAAGAAAGAGAGGGAUAGAAAGGGCAAAGGGAAGGGCCGGCAGCCCCAGCAGAGCAGCCCAGACUGCAGGGUGGAGAAACGAGAGAUGCGGGUGCGGGACUUGGGCCUGGGCUUCGACUCGGACGAGAUCGUCCUCUUCAAGUUUUGCGUGGGCUCCUGCCAGUCGUCCAGGACCAACUACGACCUGGCUCUAAGGGCCCUGAUGGAGGACGGGUCCCUGCCGCGAAGGACCUCCCGGCGAGUCAGCGCCCACCCCUGCUGCCGGCCCAACAGCUACGAGCCCGUGUCCUUCAUGGACGCCCACACCUCGUGGCAGACCAUCCAGUCACUGUCGGCGGCCAGCUGCAUGUGUAUGGGCUGAGGGAGCCAGCCUGGAGGAGGGAGAAUAGGAGGGGGUGGCGACUGGCUGUCACUCACCCCUGCCAGAGAAUAUACAGAUGGUGGCUCGCCGUUGAGGCUGGGUCUAGAGAGAGCCUCUGGGUUCUGGAAGGGCAGAAGUGGUCGCUCCGAAACAUAUGCAGCAGGGCUGGUCCCCAGUACAAUGCAGAAUGGAGAUUCUGUAGUGUCUAUGAUGGUGGAGCGAGGCCACGCCUCUUCCCAUUGUCCAUUUCCUGUUGAGGAUAAGUGAAUUUGUUGGCAAUGGGAAACUGUCAUGAGCGAAUGGCAAGACGGCGACCACACAAUGGUGGGAUUUUAAUAUUCACAGCAGUUGGGAUAUGUAUAAGACUGACCUGGGGUACUGCUGAAAAUAUUGACUCAAAGGUCUCAAAGAGGACCACAUCUCGUUGCAUUUGACCACAGGUCGACAAGCUCAAAACACUUUUGACAAUGUCAACAUACAGUAUGUUAAUUCCUUCAAAACAGGGAUCUUUCCUACCAUAAUUGCAUUUUUCAGUGUUGACUUGAACUCUACCAAAUGGAUGCCAUGCAUCUCUUUGAAUUACUGUAUUAUAACCAACAUAUUUAUCACAAAUAAGUUAUUUAUUUAUUAUUGUUUCAUAUGAGAUGGACUGUAGAUUUAUAUUUAUUGUCAUGAUCACAUAUCCCGUGGGUUGUGUUGCUGGGUCCUUUGUCAUUAAAUUGUGUGGGAUGUUGUUUUGAAACAUCAAAAAGAUCAGAACAAGUGGCAAGUACCUCAACCAGGGUUGGGGGUGUAACGGAUUACAUGUAACGGAUUACAUUUUUUAUAAACUGUAAUACGUUACAUUAAAAGCUAAAAUAUUGUUAUCAGAUUACAGAUACUUUUGAAAAAACAAAAUGAUUACUUCUAGGAUUACUUUUACCCCAUUCACGUCCUUGUACUAUAUUUAGUACAAUAUCAAAAUGCACCACUGAACAAAUUCUGUUUGGUGUAAAUGCAUGAAAUGUGGUGUCAACAUAGUUACUAUAAGUGUCUAGACAGGACACAUAAAUAAUGACAAUCAAAAUUGGUAUUUUGAGAAAAUCUGAAAAAGUAAUUAAUAUAACUUCAGCAUAUGUAUUUUGAAGUACAUUUCAGAAUGAAAUUGUUUAAAAGCAUACAGUAUUGUUAUGUGACCUGUUCAAAUCCCAAAUAUAUGAUUCAACUCAUUGUUGUUUGUAAACUACAGCCGUUUCUGUAUCGUACAAUAGUUCAUCUUUGGUCAAGUCAUGGGAAUAUUCAAAGGAUCAGAUCUUUAUUUUAUUUAACCUUUAUUUAACCAGGCAUGUCAGUUAAAGAACACAUUUUUAUUUACAAUGACGGCCUACCCCGGCCAAACUCUAACCGGGAUGACGCUGGGCCAAUUGUGCGCCGCCCUAUGGGACUCCCAAUCACAACUGGUUGACAGACCCCAACCAGUUGUGAUUGUGAUACAGCCUGGAAUCGAACCAGGGUCUGUAGUGACACCUCUAGCACUGAGAUGCAGUGCCUUAGACUGCUGCGCCACUCAGGAGCCCCAUCUUAAUAAUGUUUGGUAUAUAGAUUUUCUGGACCAAUAUAUAAAUCUAAAAACAAGAUCUAAAGAAAUCCCAGUGGUGGAAAAAGUACUCAACUCUCAUACUUGAGUAAAAGUAAAGAUACCUUCAUAGAAAAUGACUCAAGUGAAAGUGAAAGUCGCACAUUAACAUCCUAUUUGAGUAAAAGUCUAAAAGUAUUUGGUAUUAAAUAUACUUAAGUAUCAAAAGUAAAUGGAAUUGCUAAAAUAUACUUAAGUAUCAAAAGUAUAAAUAAUUUCAAAUUCCUUAUAUUAAGCAAACCAGACACCACCAUUUUAUUGUUUUUUAAAUGUAUAGAUAGCCAGGGGCACGCUCCAACACGAACAUCAUUUACAAACAAAGUAUGUGUUUAGUGAGUCCGCCAGAUCAGAGGCAGUUGGAAUGACCAGGGACAUUCUCUUGAUGUGUGUGAAUUAGACCAUUUUCCUCUCCUGCUAAGCAUUUUAAAUGUAACGAGUAGUUUUGGGUGUCAGGGAAAAUGUAUGGAGUAAAACGUACAUUAUUUUCUUUAGGAAUGUAGUGAAGUAAAAGUAAAAGCUAUCAAAACUAUAAAUAGUUAAGUAAUGUACAGAUACCCCCCAAAACUACUUAAGUAGUACUUUCAAGUAUUUUUACUUAAGUACUUUACACCACUGAGAAAUCCACAUAACACUCACACACAGUAGAUUAUACAGUGUAAGCAAAUCCAAUGCAAACCCAUGUAGAUUGUGGCAUGCUACUGCAUUCUUCCUGUUUCUCUUCAUUGCUCACAAGCACACGUGUACACACUAAUGACAGACAUUGAUGGCUGUGGAAUGUGUUUACAAAGUAUUUAUGAAACCUUUCUGAUUUCACAAUUACCUUCAAAUCAGCAUGAAAAAAAGCCGAAAAUAUACGUGUUUCCGCUUGAGUCUGAGACCACUAUGUUGACACACCAAAUGUGUUAGAUGGAUCGCGGUAAAAGAGCAGGCAUAGGCUUUUGUAGGCUACAGUGCAAGCAAGUUACGUCUUCCAAUGGUGCUACUGCUGUCGCCAUCCAAAGAUGAUCCCAUUUUAAGCACAAGGCGGUAUGGAAAACAGCACUGGUGUAGCCUACGGGCCAUACCGAAAUCACUUAUUAUUGUUAUCUACAUAGUGCAUUGAUGUGAAUCACACUGGUCGUCUCUCAUUUCGCUAUUUGAAUUACGGAUUGUGGUUGUUGUGGAUGUCUGUUCAAACGUGUAUAUGUGUAUUUUAACCCAAUAAUGGGGGAAUUGAAGAAGUCUAAGUUGCCUAUCAAUCAUUGUUUUUGCGACCAGUUGACAGCCAGUAAAAGAUGCGCUCUUGCAAACGCUGGAUAUAUAGUGCUGAUCCCAGCCAAUGGAAUACAAGUUUAAAGGAGUUCCUCCCUUCUAAACUCCUCCAUGGUAUUGUGCUCCAUACUGUCAAAACGAGUUGAAUUGAAGGAGACCACAAGUGGGGAUUUUAUUGCACAAUAUAAUUCGUGUUGAUAAAAAAAACAUGUCCAUAGGUCAAAUGAACACAUGUUCACACUAGCGCACUUUUAGUAGACUUCAUUAAAUUAAACAGCUGCAAAUGAUCGAAAUAUCAAAGUGCCACCAACAAAAACGUAAAUAAUAGGCCUAUAAAUGCAGCAUAUGCAAUUCAUUUUUUCGGUAGUGCUCAAAGCAUGCGAUUCCAUGAGAGCAGCAUUUAUUUUUAAACUCGAAGCAACGAGCCCAAUCAGUCCUCCAUGACAACACAAUGAUAAUCAACAGGUCCUUCGUUUUCGGGUUAUGCUCAGGUAAAACAAUUUGGCUCAUCUAUAUUUCCAUAUAUCCAAGUCCUGUUCUUGAAGAUGAAGGGGUAUUAAGAUAAUUGGAAUGACUGAAAAUCUGACAGACUUUGGUUUUAAAAGUAAAGAUUUAGCGAUAUCGUAUUAUUAUCUGUAUUACAAUAGAAAGCAAUGUGUUAGAAGAAGCCUACAUUACCAACCCAUAAAGUAAAAUGAACAUCCAUAUAUGGUGGCCUAUUUAAACUCUAACAUUGAUUUAUCCUGCAAUAGAUGUCAUUCAAUUGGUAAUAUUCAUUUGUUGUCCUCUUCUAGUGCUGCUUAAUUAAGGGGAAAGUAAACUAAAAGUAACUGAAAGUAAUCAGAUUACUUUACUGAGUUGGGGUAAUCCAAAAGUUACCUUACAAAUAAAAGUGUUUGGACAGGUAACUACUAACUGUAACAGACUACAUUUAGAAAGUAACCUAGCCAACGCUGACGUCAACAUACAGUAUGUCUCAUUUCACACAAAGGAAGUUAAUAGUCCAGAGGUGGAAAACUUUACCAGGUUACAAGCUUAUUUGAGUUAUUUGUCAUUGUUGUUUCAGUAUUUCAGAGCAAUAUUACAGUCAAUAUUAUUAAUGUUAUUAUUAUUAUAAUAAUUAUUUAAAUGGUUUCCUGUAUUUUUGUAC